UGGUCAAGAUUUGAUCGAAUGUUGCCUCUGGUGAUUUUACAUCAUUUCUCUCCGCCUUCCCACAAUCGGAUUUCAGUGCCUUGAGUAGGCUGGAUCUCCGCCUCUAGAGCUCUGGGACUGCGCAAAAUCGCCAAACCGGAAGCGUCCAGCUCCGGCUGUAAAACAAACUUUGGAACGUAGUGUCUGCAGAAGUCAUGGCUGAACCUCCAGUUUCCAUAAGGCAUCAUGAAAUCCAACGGUUGCUGCUUUAUAAAGAGUUGAUCCCCCGUUUGGAGGACGCUUUGGGGAAAUUCUCCAAAGGACAUAGCGCAGAGGUGAUCCAGCCUGUGCGCACCACGGUACACCUGAAGAAACACCACGGGUUCCUGGGAGUGAUGCCCUCAUACAUGGAGAAUGAUGGAAUUCUCUGUGCAAAGUUACUGUGUUUCUACAAAAGGGAGGAUGGCUCAACGUUGCCCGGUUCUCAAGCCACAGUGGUGCUGCUGGAUCCAGAAUAUGGAAAUGUGAAGGCUGUCGUGGAUGGACAGGUCAUUACAGUCAUGAGGACCGCUGCAGCCUCUGCUAUUUCUGCCAAGCUGCUGAUGCCUCCUAAUGCAGAAGUCUUGGCCAUCUUAGGGAGCGGCAGACAGGCCCUGGGUCAUUACAACGUCUUCACUGAAAUAUUCUCAUUUAAAGAGGUGCGUGUGUGGAGUCGCACUAGAGACGGAGCGGAGAGGUUCUGCCGAUCGGUCGACGGUCCUGUGACCAUAUGUGGUUCAGCGGAGGAGGCUGUGAAGGGAGCAGAUGCCAUAGUGACUGUGACUAGAAGUGUAGAACCGGUGCUCUUUGGUCAUUGGGUCAAACCUGGUGCACAUGUGGCAGCGGUAGGAGCCUGCAGACCAGACUGGCGUGAACUCGAUGACCUGUUGAUGAAGGAUGCGGUGGUUUACGUUGACAGCAGAGAGGCAGCAGCGGCCGAGUCUGGUGACAUCAUCCUUUCUGGGACCAAAGUGUUUGCAGAGCUCGGAGAAGUUCUCAACGGGACAAAACCUGCUCACAAGGAGAAGACAACGGUGUUCAAAUCUCUCGGCCUUGGAAUUGAAGAUGCAGUGUCUGCUCAACUGGUAUUUGACAAAUGGAAAUCAAGCCAUCAAACUACACUUGACUCCUGAUGUUUCUGAUAUUAUUGGUACAUAAUCUAUUUCUACAGAAAAUACAAGAAGAUACCUACCUGAAAAUCUGUCAAACAGACUAAAUUGUACUGUCAAAUAUCAAAUAUUUUUCCCCUUUUCAUGAAAUGAUCGUGAAAAUGUGAUUUACUCUUGAUGGACAAAGUGUAACUGGGGGUAUGUAAUCAUUGCACCAAGUCAAAGGUGAUUAUUAUUAAAUGUGAUGUGUUUAAAUGGGAAUAAAAAGGGGAAUGUCUGAAAACAAAAUUAUUCCAACUUAAUGGGCAACAGUGUAGAAGAUUCAUGUAGGAUGUCACCACUAAGACAAAUAUUCCCUUGAGCUUUGGGCCACACUGAUGAGUAUUUUUGAGCGUAUUAUGACAUUUUAUGGAUUAUUAAAUGAAUAAAAGCAAACUAAAUGGUCUUUUGUCCAAAAUAUAUACAGGAUUUAUUAGUUCCUUAUGAAGUGUCCAGGCCCUUCAGGUCAUCUGGGACAAGUCUACUGUGUAUUAUCAGAACCAGAACUAAACACAGUAAAGCAGCAGAACUGAAAGCAUUAUUUUUGCUGCAGAUUUUGAAUAAAUUCUUCAUCCUUGUUUUCUUAAUGCACUUUUAUUCAUACCAUGUUCUGUUUCAGUGAUUUUAAAGUAUUUUAUCUUUAAAUGCUUUUAUUGCCUUAGUUUGUUCCGAGCUAUUUUGACUUAAUUUUAAUGUUAUUUUUAUUCAACUAAAUGUAUUUCCAUACCUUUGUAAAGUACGUUGAAUCGUCUUGUGUAUCAAUGGUGCCAUCCAGAUACACUUGCCUUGACUUACAUCAUUUCCCUAAACUUUUGAGUGAGUUUUUGUCCAACACCGAGGUACAGUUUAUGAUCCUUUAAUCCAACUGUGAAGUCUGACAUUUUUGCAUUGAAAUGAAAAUAAUUAAUAGAAUUAGUAGCUUUAAUUUAUCAAUAUCUGAUUUCUUGCUUUUAUGUAACUGCACACUUGUUUUAUAAUGUUCUUAAUCCUACUUUGUAAAGUAUUUUCAAGUCUCUCUGUGGUUAUUUGUAGACUAAUAGUCUCUUAAAUAAAUUAUGCAAAUAUAUAGUAAUUGCACAUUUAAUCCAAACCACGCACACUGUGCAGUUGACCUGAUCAAAGUCUCUCAUUGCCUCAGUGUCCUCCUUUGACCAGCACCAGGCCUUUGCAUUGCACCAUCUAGUGGACAUUUCUAAACAGUUACGUGCAUGUUUAACAUUGAUUAAUUUAUCUGGGAAAACAAACUUUCCCUCAGUAAUAAAGCUUAUACACAGUAAAGGCAAG